AUGGAGCCGUGCAAAAUUGAAUGUCUAAGUUUUAAAGAGGAGGAAAAUAAAGAAGACAUCGAUGAAUCUUCUCCUCUCAAACCAAAUGGAGAAGAAAAUGUCAAAAGUGAAAAAGAAGAAAAACAUGAAGAAAAAAGUGAAGAAGUUAAGAAAAAGAAGCUCACAUUCAGAGAAAGGCUAAAAUUAAUAAAAGACAAUACAACGGUAGAACCUAUAAUGGCCUGCUAUGUGAUGCCCAGUGUACUUGCAUCGUUAGCUAUACAGAAUUUAAAUUUAGAAAAAGCCUGCAGAGUCAACUUGAAUUACAGCACAGAAGUGUGUGACGCUUUGAAUUUGAGACAGACAGAGAACUAUACUCUUGAAGAGCAAGCAGUACAGAAGCUGACAGCCAGUGUGGGAGUGUGGAAGAAUGUGGUGCAAACUUCUAUCCCAGUGUUACUUAUCCUUUUCGUGGGAGCCUGGAGUGACAAGACGGGGAAGAGGAAAGCAUGUAUCAUGUUGCCUAUAGUGGGAGAAUUUAUGGCAUGUCUUGGGUUCAUUGUGAAUACAUAUUUCUUCAAUUUGCCUGUAGAAGUGUCUGCGUUUACUGAAGCAAUAUUUCCUGCUAUAACGGGUGGAUGGUUCACUAAUUUUAUUGGUGUGUUCAGUUACAUUGGAGAUAUUACUACAGAGGAAAACAGGACUUAUAGAGUGGGCUUAGUAAACAUGUUCAUGUCAUUAGGCUAUCCUAUAGGUAGUGCAUUAAGCGGUGUUAUGCUCUCCUGGGUUGGAUACUAUGGUGUGUUUUCCGUAUCAGCGUCUUUGUACUUAUUUAGUUUAAUAUAUGGGUACAAAUACUUGGAAGAUCCGAAGCAAAGAGCUGUAAAGAAAAUUGAGAACAAAAAAGACAAGAAAUGUUUCCUUCGAGAAUUCUUCGAUGUUGGUCUGGUGAUGGAAACCUUCAGGGUAGCUUUUAAACAAGGUCCUGGAAACAGGAGGCUACGAGUGUGCUUACUUCUCAUUGUAGUAUGCGUUGUAUUCGGACCGAUGCAUGGUGAAUUCACCGUGAUGUAUCUGUUUACAAGAUACAGGUUUAACUGGGAUGAAGUCCAGUACAGUAUGUGGUCUACUUACUCUAUCGUCACCAAUUUGAUGGGUACAUUCUUCUCCAUAACUUUAUUCAGUAACUACAUGAAGUUGGACGACACGCUGCUUGGUAUCAUCUCCAACACCAGUAAGAUUGUCGCAGCCUUCGCAUACGCAUUUGCGAGGAAUGACUUGGAGAUUUAUUUAGCACCUCUACUGGAAAUAUUGAAUGGUACUUCGUUCAUUGCGAUGCGGUCUAUUGCUACAAAGCUGGUGGAUGGCGAAGAAUUUGGUAAAGUGAAUUCCCUGUUUGGUUUGGCAGAAGCUACGAUGCCCCUGUUAUAUGGGCCUCUGUACUCUAGGGUAUACAUGGCUACUCUUGACAUUCUGCCCGGAGCUGUAUUUUUAUUAGGCGCUGCUAUGACGUUACCUGCCAUUGCAAUAUUUGGGUGGUUGUAUUUUGAACACAAAAAGGAUAAAUUGAGAAAUGAAGCCCUAAAAGAAGACAGAGAAAAGCAACAGACAGAACAAUUGAAAUAA